GACAACGAGGUCCUUCAGGCGUCCCCGUUGCAUAGAAACGGAAACCUUCGGCGACAUCAUAACACAUCUACAAACUUUAACGUCUGGAUGCCUAGAUGAGUGCAUCCACAACCGGUUCAUUGUGAUUGAAGAUCAGAAUAUACCCAAGACAAUCGGAGACAUUUUGAUAAGUGCUCUAGCUUAACAAAUGCUAACAAGGCUACUAGCUGUUACCUAGCUGUGUUCAGUGGUCCAGGGUUCACUGUGUGUACAGUAGCCUACUCAAAAGAGACUUUAAAAUACACAUGUAAACAAUUAACGUCUCUGGACUAUUCUCAGGUUUAGUUAGCAACCGUUUAGUAUGUGAGGACAAACUAACCAGUGUAAUGAGUGAUAUCAAGCCGAGCCCCACGAUGUUUACCUCAGCUAGCUAACACUCAUUCUCUGUCGUCGGAUGCUAGCUUCCGUAGAUCAGCUGUUCAGGUAGUUAUCAAUUAAACUGGGUGAGAGUUGACUCAUUCAAUCAUUCUAGUCAAAUCAGUUAACGGAAAAAAAGUUGAAAUGGCUGGCGACGCUGGCAGCAUCCCUGAACUGGACCAAAAGAAGUACGAUUCAGGCGAGCAGGUGAAGAUCAUCUGUCUGGGAGACAGCGCAGUCGGUAAAUCUAAGCUGAUGGAGAGAUUUCUCAUGGACGAAUAUCGUCCCCAGCAGUUGUCAACCUAUGCUUUGACUCUCUACAAACACACAGCCACUGUAGGAAAUAAGACAGUAGCCAUUGAUUUCUGGGACACCGCUGGUCAGGAGCGAUUUCAGAGCAUGCACCCCUCGUACUACCACAAAGCACAUGCAUGCAUAAUGGUUUUUGAUGUUCAAAGGAAGAUCACUUAUAAGAAUCUGGCCAACUGGUAUAAGGAGCUGAGAGAGUUCAGACCGGAGAUACCCUGUUGUGUGGUGGCUAACAAAAUUGAUGCGGAUUUGAAGGUGACACAGAGAAGCUUUAACUUUGGGAAGAAGCAAGGAAUCCCAUUUUACUUUGUAUCUGCGGCUGAUGGGACGAAUGUAGUUAAGAUGUUCAGAGAGAUGAUCACGAGAGCAGUGGAGUACAAGCAAAACCCAAGCGACUUCAUGGAUGAAGUGUUGCAGGAAUUAGAGAACUUUGACCUGGAGGAGAAAGAAGAUCCCGAAGCAGAUGAGGUUGGAUUGAAAACAGAAAGUCCUGAGUUGGAGUGACCAACGUUUACAGAUCCUCCUAAACCUCUAGCCACUACUGGCACAUUGUUUGUCCUUAUGUCACAUUCGUUGUCUACUUCUAUACCUAAGUUUUCUAACUCUAUCACUGGAGGUUGGAGUUUUUAAGUCAGGUUUUCAGUCACUGCUCUCCAUCUGUCCAGUGACAUUGGCAGGGAAAUAAACCUGGUGGAAUAAUUAGGAA